UCAAAUUCAAAUGAUGAAAUCUUCUUCAAGAAUCCAUUCCUAUCUUCAAAUUCAAUUGAAGUUCUCUGCAUUCCAAUUCGCAAGUCCCAUCUCAUCUCUCGCUAGCCAGUAGCCACAUCUAGAUGGAGGAUUUCGAAGCCCCAUCUUUCUCUCUGGGCAUUGAUGUUGACUUCGAUUCAGAGUCCAGAGCCGUCCCCAGGGAAGAUUUGGUCUGUAGACAAGGUCCAGAAUCUUUAAGCAAUGUAAGCUUCCAGGUUUUUGAAGAUGAUGAUGAUUUUCAAGUUCAAAACCUAGAUCCUGUCAUACACACCGAAGAUUCACCUCCGGUUCUCAAGCGCCUGAAACGAGGACCCGCGACUCAGUUGCCCGCUGUUAAUAAGCCACAACCGACGAAAUCGUCCCUGGAUGUUGAUGAUGACAUCGAAGAGUUCUCAUCGCAGGAGGAAAUACGUAGAGGAGAAACAGUUGGAUGUUCAGCAGUACAAAAACAUUGUGCGAGUAACAGUUCAAAGUCUCAAUUGCAUUGCCGUAGUGUCUUAACUUCACAAUCAGUAAGCAUGAAUAAAGUAAAGAAACACAUACCAUCUUCAAUUGCCUCAACUUCUGCAAAUUUGGAGGGAGGUGACAACAAGUUGAUGUUUCCCAAGUUAACUGUCAGUCCUCUCAGAAGAUUCCAGUUGCUUGAUUCUGAUUCAGAUGAGCCUUCUUCCAGUGAAGACUUAUGUCAAGAUGCUGGUAAAAAUGAUGCCGAUGCAAAAGAAAAACAAUGUAGUCCAGAUCAAUAUAUGAUGAGGAAUCAACCAAAAAGGCCAAAUUCUUAUGCAAGUACUUUUCAAACUGAGGAUUUAUGGAAAGAUUUCAGCCCAAAGAAGAAUCCAAGUAUUCCCACACCGGCUUUGGAUAAGUUCUGUGAUGAAUACUUCAUGUCAGUUAAGGAUAAGAAUGUAGUACAGAUGGAUACAGGUACGUCUGUCAGUAUCUCCAAAGAUUAUCAGAAGAGUAGUAUCAGUGAAAAUGUCAAACACUUGGAGAAUCUGCCAAGUCCUCUUCCUCCUGCAUAUCAGUAUUUUUACCAUGAGGACAUAAGGAUCCAGAAAUUAGUCCGUGAACGCUUACCUAACUUCUUCCCUCUUGACGAUGUUAAUAACAGAGGACACAAGCACUCUGGUGUGGCAGCCAUUGAUUACAUGAGUCAAUUUGGUCAGAGAGCUUGUCCACAGCCUGAUAGAGCAGGAAACAAGGCUCCUGUGGGAAGCUCAAGAAGAAGUAAAAUGAAGGUCAAACGUUUUAAUGCUAAAGAGGUCUCACAACCUUCUGAGGAUUGGGUCAACCCCCAAAGUAGUGCCUGCAUGCCAAAAAAUGCUGGCAAACGACGAGUUCAUGCGGAAGGCCAUUCUACUGGUCAAUGGUAUACAGGCCAGGAUGGGAAAAGGGUUUAUGUCACUAAAAAUGGACAAGAGUUGAUGGGGCGAAUUGCUUAUCUGCAUUAUAGGAAGGAGAGUGGAAAAGGACUCAAAAAACCAACAAAGAAAGCUACAGCCAAGAAAAAAACAAAAGGAUGAAUGUGUCCUCUGCGAUUGUGCCAUAUAGUGGUAAAAUUUCAUAUAGUAGGUUGUAAUCAUUGUAAUUCUUGUAAGCAGUAUCCAAUCGCCUUGAAUUUAUUACAUUUUCCUGCAUUAGCUUAUUUCAUAACUUACGCAGAACAUUCAUCAAUUUUUUUGAUCCGUUCUUUCUAUACAGGGUUUAGCUUUGAAUAAUUCCAUCUCUCUGUUGGCCAUUGUCAUGAGUCUGUUCAUGGAAUAGUGAUUUUUAACAUCAAGGCGAUAAAUGGCAUGCACUGUUGAAUUGAUACUUAUCCCCAAUAUCUACUCAUACUUGGUACUACACAUAAUGGAUGAGGAUUAGCCAUCUUGCAUCAGUGGAUGUUAUUUGGUGUCUCUGGGCCUCAGAGUUCAUCUGUGUCAAAUAUGAUAAUCUGUACAAUGUGAUACAAAAGGAAUAAGAAGGGUGCAAUUCUAUGGGUUCAACCA